GUCCCUUUGCGUCUUACUUCGGCGUUGUUCGUAAGCCUUAAACCUGCCCUCGGCAGCAGAAGGGGACAGUAGAAGAUGGCGGCUGCCCAGCUGUACUGUGUGUGCCGGCAGCGCUACGAUGUUAGUCGCUUUAUGAUUGAAUGUGACAUUUGUAAGGACUGGUUUCACGGGAGCUGUGUUCAGGUGGAGGAGCACCAUGCUGCUGAUAUUGACCUCUACCACUGCCCCAACUGUAAACCCAUCCACGGACCCUCACGCAUGAAGAAGCGUAAUAACUGGCAUAGGCACGAUUACACAGAGUUGGAUGAUGGCACUCACCCGGUUCAGGCUGGAACUGCUGUCUUCGUACAGGAGCUCCAGGCCAGGACUUUUCCCAGUGCGGAUGAGAUUGUGGUGAAGAUGCAAGGCAGUCAGGUGACCCAGCGUUACUUGGAGGCGGAUGGCUUCCACUACCCAAUAGUGCUCCCAGAUCUGGAGGGCCUGGGACUCAGACUCCCCCCACCGUCAUUCUCCGUCAGAGAAGUGGAGCAGUAUGUGGGUGGAGACAAAGUCGUUGAUGUGAUUGAUGUUGCCAGACAAGCAGACAGUAAGAUGAAACUAAGGGAGUUUGUGAAGUAUUAUUACCAGCCUGAACGGCCAAAAGUGCUAAACCUCAUCAGCCUGGAGUUCUCUGAUACUAAGAUGGCUGAGUUGGUGGAGGUUCCUGAUAUCGUUUGUAAAAUGUCCUGGGUGGAGAAUUACUGGCCAGAUGACUCUUUCUUCCCCAAACCAUUUGUUCAGAAGUACUGUCUGAUGGGUGUGAAGGACAGCUACACGGACUUCCACAUUGAUUUUGGAGGAACUUCAGUCUGGUACCACGUUCUCUGGGGAGAGAAAAUUUUCUACUUGAUUAAGCCGACUAAGGCUAACCUUGCACUAUACGAGUCCUGGAGCUCGUCGCCCAAUCAGAGUGAGGUGUUCUUUGGGGAAAAGGUGGACAAGUGCUAUAAGUGUGUGGUGAAGCAAGGGACUACUAUACUUCUCCCUACAGGUUGGAUCCAUGCUGUGCUCACCUCUCAGGACUGCAUGGCAUUUGGAGGGAACUUCCUACACAACUUAAACAUAGGCAUGCAGCUCAGGUGUUAUGAGAUGGAGCGACGGCUGAAGACUCCAGAACUUUUUAAGUUUCCUUAUUUUGAGGCCAUCUCCUGGUAUGUGGCCAAAAACCUUCUAGAGACACUGAAAGAGUUGCGGGAGGAUAAGUGCCACCCUCAGGAGUAUUUGGUGGAAGGAGUGAAAGCUUUAAUCUCUGCACUGAAGACCUGGCUAAGGAGGGAGUUAACAGAACCAAACAGUGAGGUUCCAGAUAACAUUAAGCCCACCCUACUCAUCAAGGAGCUAACCAAGGAGAUACGCCACCUAGAGGAGGACCCAAGUAAGUCAGUGAAAUCUCAGGGAAUCACAGAGUAUUUGUCCACUCGCUCCACUCUGGAGAGACAGUGCCAGGCAAGACGGGCAGCUCGAAGGCUUCGGGACCAUCAUCGCCACCAUCAUCAUCAUCGCCACCAUCGCCAUCAUCAGCACAGCUCCAAAUCUCCCUCGAACCUGGACAUCCUGGAGUUGCACACCCGAGAGGUCCUUCGGAGACUAGAGCAUGGCUCAGGCGUCACCUCCAAGAUGAACAGAAAGUUCAAGAAGAUAUUUGCGACAUCUGCUGUAACAAUGAAGAGUAGUCAUGACAACGCCUUGCGUUUGGUACUGUGUAACGGCCGAAUCAUGCGCGAAAGGCGGCGUCUUGGCAAAGGAGUGCUGAAACACGAGAGACACAAGACAUCACCAUGCCAACCGCACCAGGUCAAGACAGAAAAAUCAUCACCAUGCCAACAAGAGAGAGUGAAAACAGAGAGUGAGGCAGGAUUAGAGAUGCAGUGCACUGUGGGUCACAAAAAAGCCACCAAUCAUAAACUCAGGACAGAGCUGCUGGGAUCAGGAUCAGAUCUGGAGUCAGGUGAAGAGGUUGCAGCCAGUGUGGAGAAGCACUCUUCAGAUUCAGGAAGCUCUGAUGCUGAGGCAGGGCAUAUGAGACGGAAGAGGAAAGGCUCAGGGAGCUUUGUGACAAGCCAGUCACACAGCCAGCAUCACAAACCACUCAAACGGGAACGGCCUACCUCACCCAGCCCGGAGAAGGCCCUGCAGGGUGUAUUGUCUGUGGCUGGGCUGAUGUGCCAGCAGGUGCCAGAGGAGGGUGCUGUUUCUCAGGAGGCCUGGUGGUCCACCCAGGCCAGCAGCAACAGCAGCAAUGAAGCUGGCAGCCCGGACAGAGCAUCAGGAAGCCCAAGAGAGGAGUAUUUAUACCGAGAAAGCUCACUGUCUCCUCCUCUUCAUCCCUCCAAAAGACAUGCACACAACCCCAGCCCCAUCAGCAACCAGGCCACUAAAGGAAAACGUCCUAAGAAAGGCAAGGCGACUGCCAAGCAGAGGCUGGGGAAACUCUUGAAGAUGAGCAGACACACACGCCUGCUCCUGUAGCAACAGGGGGACCAGAGCAUCCACACACACACAUGCGCACACACACAUACACACCACUUUUCACUCUACCUAAUGCACGCACGCACACACAAACAGACACUCAGCACUCGUUACUGUGCAUGUUUAAGGCGACAAGGUAUGUUUGAAUGGCACUAGCAUGCUGCUUCACAGCUCAUAUGGAGUGAAUGAAAUUCAUUCACACUUCCUCAAAAAUAAGACAGUGCAGGGAAAUUUUAAUCAAAAAGUUUGAAAUAGGAAAAAAAAAUAGCCAAAAGUUUCUGGACGGGUCUCCAAAGCAUAGAGGCUGUGCGAUGUUUCUGAUAUAAAUAUGGAGACUGACCACUCCAGUGGUUAGACUUAUAGGCUUAUGGGUGUUGUUAUGGCCAAAGCUGUUUGUUUUUUCCAUUCAGCCAGCUCUAAACCUCUUUUAUAGAUAACAGUUUGUAGAUUUGUCAGCGUUCAGCUUGGUCAGAGUGUUUUCCCUCCCCUCUCCUACCUCCAUGAAGUUGUGUAGCAUAAGUGAAAAAAUGGUGCUUUUGGGCUGAGGGUAGCUUUUUGUAUUUUUUCAUCGCCUAGUUGUGGGCUUUUCUCUUUUUUCCCCUCCCUUUCUCAAUCUUUCCUCUUUGAUAACUACCUUUAGUUGUCUGUCUGUGGCUGUGAAUGAUGAGGUUAAAAGACUGAGGGCCAGUAUUCUGGACUUAAAAAAUAAAAAAUAAAAAAAAUAAAAAGACCAGUCCUAAGACUGAGUGUAAAAGUAUCUAAUCUCACAAAUUUAGUUAAACUAAUUUGUGUGGGGGGGAACUGGUCUUGAGGUUUCUAAAUGGUGCUGAAGAUUUUUGUAAGCCGGACACUAUCCCCUGAAACUGAAGCAAUAAUUGUAAAGUGUUGAUUGGUUGGUUUAUUGACAGAUUUCUUUUUAAUAUAUAAAUAGGCAGCACUCUCACAAAGCUAGUCACCUUAUGGCCUACAUUGGAAUAUCAGUAGACAUCAGCUCACUUUAGUAGUUCAUCUUUUAGCAAUGGUUUAAAAUUUGCAUUGCCCAUCAAGGCCAUAAUGAAGCUCCCAUAAAGAUGAAAAAUGAGAAGAAAUGAAGCACAAAGUUAUUACACUGGUGUUAAAUUAAAGUUGUUGUUAGAGUGCAGUGGGCGGUGCUGCCUUUAUACUGCUGGGUUGUAGACUUUAAGGACUGUAAGAAGUGAGAGUCAUUUGUUGAGAGCAUAAAAGCUCAGGGAGAAAUGAUGUAGUUUCCUGCCUAAUUUGUAUUCCUUUUUUCAGUGUUUUAAAUGUAAUGUUUUUUGUUGUUGUUGUUGGCUGUUAACUUAUUGAUUUUUAUGACAUGAAAAAUGAUUUAUAUUACAUUCUGUGCUUCCUGCUAAUGAGGUUUGUUGUUUUCUUCCCUCUUUGCUUAAACAGAUUUUUUGUAAAUAUGAAAUUUGGAACAAGAGAGCGAGGACUUUUUCUAAGUGAUGACUUUGUAAAGUUUUUUUUUUUUUUAGUUUCCUUUGUAGUCAGCAAUGCCAGUUCAUCUUGACUUGCUUGACAGAUUCUCCCCAAAAUGUCCAAAUUGAAUGAAAAUUUAAUCUGAAAAGGUGUUAGUGCCUGUUCUGUGAUCACUCUUCAUCAAACAGCAUGAAGCAAAAACAAAAUAGAAAAACACUGGUGAGGCUGAAAGUUUUCUUGUGAUGCUCAUGUUUGAGUGUGUUUUUUUGAUGAAAUAUGAGUGUUUCUCAGGGAACAAGCGAUGUACCAUCUUUAAUUUAGUCACCAGCACGGUCACUCUCUACUUAUGGGUCAGGCUCACAACCAAGUGGAUCUCCCAUCCAUCCAUGUUUAUAAUACUGUGCUUCUCAGUCUUGUGGACUUCGUGCUUUGCACAUUUCCGCAGUUUAACACACCUGACUGCACUCACUGGCUAAUUAUCUGGCCUUACAUGAGUUGAGUCAGGCGUGUUAAAGCAUUGAAUAUAGAUAAAAUGUGCAUCGCAUGGAGCUUCCAGGAUUUGACUUAGGAAUCACUAGUGCCCCAUGAUUACCUCCCAUUUGUUUUAUGUCUCUAUCCAGGCUCCGCCCACAAAUGUUCUUUCAAGGCUUUUAUGAGGUUGGACGUUACAGAACCUGUUCCGCCUAAUGAAGUUAUCGAAGUAUAUAAAUUUAAAUUGUGUUCCUUUACAAAAAUAUCUUUUAGUAAUAGUCAUAGUGUGUUUAUGUAUGGAGGGAGAAAUAAUAUACAGCACUAUAGAAAUGGAGAGCUAUAGUUCUGUAUAACACAUCUGUAAUAUUUUUUGUGAUCAAAAGAUUAGUACUUAUGUAGUAUCAACUGUGGUAAUAAGCUAUAGUAAUUGUCUGAAUUUACUGAAAGAUUUUUAUAGAAAUCCUGUAGCAUUCGUGUAAUGUUACUAUAGAUGUUUUCCACUGAUUCAUUUAAAAUGAUAACGCUAACUUCUGCUGUUCUCCUUAUGGGAUUCGGCUGAUUUGUUAGUACAAUCAUACGGCAGAUUGUAUUAAACAUUCUUUUAGCCACUGUAGAGGAAACACAGACAGCUUCUAAAAGACAUUCCAUCUUUUACUUGAAACUUGUUUUACCUGUCACAGUGACCGUCAGCGGAGAAGCCGGUUAUAGCGCUGAUAACACCUUCCAUUUCUAACAACCCACUAUGUGGCCUGAAGCUGUUUGUGGGUGGAGCAUGAAUAGGUCCAUUAUAACAUGUGUUUAUGCAGGGUUCCUAAACUGUUGAGUGAAGUAGUCUUUACCACAAAAAUGGAGUGCUAGUCUGGGUUAUGUUUUUUUAGACACAUUAAAGAGGGCUUUCAGUGGACAAUCCCCAUGUGCAGCAGCACAUAGACUGAGCAAAGGCCUAAACUGUGACAUGAGAAAAUAAAAAGUUCCAUUCAUUUCUUGUUGCUUCCCACCAACUUCUUUUCCUGAUUCCUGAUUAAGCCUGGGUUUAGGACUACAUUAUCUGUGGACAGUGAUGAACUCUAGUGUGAGACGCUAGGGUUCAUAGCAAUGCUGGUGGUGAUUCCCCACUGACAUUCUCUUUUAGCCUAGAGUUUGGGUGAAUCUUAGUCUGGGAAAACAGCCAAAUACAGUACUGUGCAAAAGUCUUCAGCUCGUAUGAGAAACCAUUUUCAAAGUUCUCCUCAAGGAAGUUCAGCAUUUACAGUUACUAUCAAAUACCUAGUUAAUCUGAUCAAUCCUUCAUUAAGUUAAAUCAGGUGCUGCUGAUGGAAUUCAAAUCUGUGCAGUGCCUGGAGUGCAGGAACCCAACCUGUGUUCUUCUAAAGAAUAACUUCCUAAAAAACAAUGUUCUUGUUGCAUUUCACUGUAUUCAUGUUUUUGUAUUUAUUCUAAUGUUAUAGUGUUUCUACUGGCAACAGCAUACACUACUGAGAAGUCUUCUAUUGGCAGCCUGAGACUUCUGCACAGUACUGCAUACAUCAGAACUCUUUCAAGUCCUAGAUCACAAACGAUUUUCAAUAAACUAUCCUGAUUGAUGCUGACCAGCUUUGUGUGUUUAGAAAAAUAAUCCUUGAAAUGUUCACUGGCUGAACUGGCUUUAAAGAGUGUUCACCUCACACCUGUUUGCAUACAGAAGUAAGCCUUGUAUGAUUUGUACAGUAUUGUGCUUUUAUCAUUUGUACAGUAUUGUGCUUUUUUCCCCUCCAUCUGUUUGCAACUGUGGUAUAGACUGUGUGUAAAUGUUCUCAAUCCCAAGUUCUGUUAAUCAGUAAUUCUGUGGUUAUCCCUAAGAUUUUCAAUGAAUUUUAUGCAGUGAAAAUGAAAUGUAAAUACAUGUUGAGGAAAAAAAGGUUUUUGUAGGUCAUGUUCUUUUGCAUCCCUUUUGACCCAAUGUUAAGUGACAAAUAAAAAGUUUGGAAAAAAACAAAA